AUGGUGAAACCGCAGUCCAACCUGAAGCUACAUCAUAAGAAGGAACAGUUGGAUGUCAAGAGUGCCUUCCUCAGUGGCUAUUUAACGGAAGAAGUAUUUGUCAAGCAACCUCCUGGCUUUGAAAGUAAGGAAUAUCCUGAGCAUGUGUACAAGCUUGACAAGAGACUCUUCCUACAAGAGGAAGAGUCUACAAGGAUCCAGAAGAAGCAGAGUGAGGCCAACUUAAAAAGGGCCUUAGUUGAGAGUGCCAAGAAGGCUGCUGCCAAGUGGAAGAAGAAAGUUGGAGAAAUAAAUGAGGCACUUCAGGAUGAGGAUGAAGCAGAGGAGGUGGAAGCACCCACUCCCAGUACUAAGAAAAGAAAAACUUCUCAGAAUAAGUCUCAAGAAAAGGCUGCUGAGGCAGAAGACUCUAUCUUGUCCAAGAGAACCUGGUAUGCUAGAAAAUCCAAGAAAGUUCAAGUAGUUGAGAAAGAAAGUGAAGAAGAGACUGAUGGGGAUGAAGAUAAGCUGGUAAAGUUCUAG